ACAAGUCAGCACUUCCCCUCACGUCUUGCCAGGACAGAAAAUGUUCGUGGCGGCACAACUGCUUCCACCGUCUUUGAUUUUGCUUCUUGCCGGCACCACGCUCUCGGCAGAUGGCUACGUGCCCCUCCCGAGCCUCCAGCCCCUCCAUGAUGAUAACGCAGAGGUGGAGAUUCUUUACCUCGAGGCGGUCAAGUCAGUCCUUGCUACACAGAAUGACCUUCGUUGCUCAAUCCUCAUCUUCUCGGAGGCCGCAGGUGCUCUCACGACGGCAAUGAAUGGGUUCAGGAGUCUUCACGUCCCUUUGGGGUUGAGUGUGUUCCAGGUGGGGAUGGACGACACAAACGGCACGCAAACACACCUGUCGGAAAUGGUGAAUGAGGCGCUACAGCUCCGGCGAGAGUCAUGGUGUGCGACGGUCGUGCUGGUGAGUGACGACCUGGCCUUCCUCGCUGCCUUCGCAGAGUCGUCCCUCAGUGAGGAGCUUGUUGUGCCCUCCUCGCAUCUCCUUGCACUCACCCGCCUCCCCCUGCGCCUCUUACAGGAGAACAAGAGCGUACACACAGCAUUCUCGACCAUGAACGCCGUUUUGGGCAUCCUCAGCGAGGAAAGGAAAAGGUUCAGGCGGCGGCCCACCCUCGCCAUUGCCACCGAGGCUUUUCACGCCAAAGAGGUACAAAACAAAGGCUCGGCGAGAAAAGACUACACGACCGAUUACCUUGCGGAGGGAUUAAACUUCAAGUAUCGGUACAACCACAUUCCCGACGGCACCUUCGGGUCCAGGCAGGAUGACGGGUCGUGGUCCGGCCUGAUCGGCGCCGUGGCCAGGAAGGAGGCGGACUUUUCUCUUGGCCCUUUUUCUCUGUCUCCGAGUCGCGCCGAGGUAGUUGACUUCACCUCACUGGUCCUCGUCCAGUACUACCUCAUUUUAGGGGGCCGAGGGCCGCCUACAGUUGACCCCUGGGGAUUCAUCUUCCCUUUAGGUUACUUCGUGUGGGCUUCAAUCAUUACGGCCCUCGUGCUGCUGCCCUUCGUCAUGCUGUUCAUGUCAGCCUGCGCCGCAACAUCAGUUUUUAGCCCCGGGCGGUACACCUGGGCCGGGAGCUUUUUUGAGAUGAUCCGAGUGUUACUGCAACAAGAUAACUGGAUACCGAGCGAUGCGUGGUGGUGGCGGCGGCUGGCGGUGGGCGGCUGGAUGCUCGCGUCUCUAGUCCUGGUUAAGAGCUACGCCGGUAACCUCAUGUCGGUCCUGGCGGUGCGGUACACUCAGCAGCCUUACCAGAGUCUCCAGGACGUAGUACGGGACCCCUCCGUCACCAUGAUCUGGCAGACCAACACCAGCAACGUCCAGUUCAUCAGGUCAGCAAAAACAGGGAUCUACAGCAAGGUGGGCGAGGCCGAGAGGUCUGGACGCACCAAGUUCGAGCCGCUGAUCAACAUUUACCAGAGCAUGGACACACUGGUGCGGCGGAGAGACCACGUGCUCAUCGACAUGGAGCUGCUCAUCAUGGUCAUGGUCGGACUGGACUUUACUUUCCAUGGUCGCUGUGAUUUUUACAAGUCAAGAGAAAGGUUCCUGCCAGUCAUGCUGUCAAUGAUCGGACAGAAGAACAGUCCUUUGGUCCCGGCGCUGAGCAGAAGAAUAAUGUCCAUGACGGAGGCGGGGCUGUACACUCACUUUACCUCUGCAGUCAUCGGCAACUCCACCGCCUGUGCCAGCUCGCCCACCAAGAUCACCGUCAGCACCACGCUCUCCGUCAUCAACCUUUGGGGCAUGUUCGUGGUCCUGGUCGCCGGCUACGUGGUCAGUUUCCUUGUUCUCGUCUUGGAGGUUCUCGUCGGCCGCUGCAGAGUCCCAAAUGUCCUGAUCUGCGACGUCCGCACAGAAACGCCGCCUCUGAACUAACCUGCAGAAAGUUUCCUCGCAGAUACAUCCCAGAUAAAGAGCCUUUGCUUCUAUGCGUUGAUCAUGUGACCCAAUACUUAUGUACGAUAUGAACUAACCCUCAAUAGAACUGUUAAUAUUG